UUUAACUGGUUGAAUUUUUGUCUGUGGACAUCAGUGUUCAUCUUCACCAUCUUGUCGACACAUUUCAACAUAUUUCAUCAGAUAUCAUAUACUCGAACUUCAAUCUUCACCAUCAACAACCCAUUUCAACCUCAUCAAUCAAGAAAACAAAAUCUUUGGUCCAGCUACUGGGAUACUCACACUAGAAUCAAAUCUCCUUGUUCACCAUCAAAAAAGAAACCAUCAACAACUAUGUAUCAAUUCAGAAAUCCUUACAUAAAUUAUGACUAUCAAACAGAUUGUGAUAUUAUUUGUGUCAUCGAUUUUGAAGCUACAUGUGAUAAUUAUGGAGGUCGCCGGCCACCCAACGAUGCCAUCAUGGAGAUCAUUGAGUUUCCCGCAUUCAUGGUGGAUACAAGAACGAGAUCUGUGAUCUCCACAUUCCAUGAAUAUGUUAGGCCAAUAAUAAAUCCUAAACUAUCAAAUUUUUGUACACAACUCACUGGUAUAUCUCAACAUAUGGUAGACCAAGCAGAUCCCUUUCCAAAAGUGUUGGAGCGAUUUGAAAAGAAUAUUGCUAGUCUUCUUAUAGAGAAAAAUUAUCGAACCUUCGCUAUUGCGACUGAUGGACCAUGGGACAUCGCUCAUUUCUUAGCUCGACAAUGUCAAAUACAUGGACUUGAGUUCCCAAUAUAUGCUAAAAGGUGGAUAAACCUGAAAAGAGUAUAUUCAGAUUGCUAUCAAGCUCAUCCAAUUUGUCUUGAUAAUAUGCUUACUACUCUUGGAAUCCGCUUCGAAGGAAAGAGACAUUCUGGAUACUAUGAUGCUCUUCAUAUAACAAAAUUAUUGCUAAAGAUGCUGAAUGAUGGUGCUAUACUCACCGUUAAUGAAACUUUAUCUUGGGACUCAGUUAGCAGAAAAUGCUGGGGUAAUAUGGAUUGCGGUUAUAUACCCUACAGCUCAGUUUCAGCGAUAUGCCUUUAACAUCAACUAUUGGAUCAAAUAGUAGUGAAUAUACCAAAGAAUUUUUAUACAAUGAUAUUAUAUACACAUAUACAUAUACAGUAAUUGUCUCCAACCAAAGAAUUUUUAUGAACUUACUCUUUAUUAAAAAAAUGCGAUCAUGAUAUCUAUUUUAAUAUCUGAAAUUCUUUUUUGCAAAUAAUAAACAAUUUUUGAUCUUAUA